AUGACAGAGCAUACCAAUCUCACGUUCAAAGACCAGAUCAAGGGCUUUCCGUUGGUGCAAAUCUUGGUGAUUUCGUUUAUCAAGCUUGCGGAGCCUAUUGCAUUCACCUCCAUAUUCCCAUAUGCAUUUUAUAUGAUCAGGGACUUUGGUGUCGCCAAGUCAGAAGCAGAAAUCUCCACUUACGCCGGGUACCUUGCGGCGGUGUUUGCCUUUGGCCAAUUUACCUCGGCAAUUGUGUGGGGGAAGUUUGCUGAUGUGUAUGGAAGGAAGAUCGUGCUUAUACUAGGACUUCUUGGUUCACUGUUUUCAAUUCUUUUGCUUGGAUUUUCAAGCAAUUUCUGGAUGGCCUUUUUGGCCCGUGGAUUGCUGGGUCUUUUAAAUGGGAACUCAGGAGUAUCUCGUUCAGUUAUCGGUGAAAUUGCCCCACAUAAGCACCAUCAAGGUCUUGCAUUUUUGUCUAUGCCAGUGGCGUGGAACAUCGGAGGGGUUUUUGGGCCCUUGAUCGGAGGUACCUUGUCUCAUCCCUUCCGUCCUGACACACCACCACUGCUGGCAUGGGGAAGACUUAAUUGGGACUACCCAUACGCAUUGCCUAAUAUGGUAAUUGCAGCCAUUUUGAUAGUAGAGGCUUUGAUAACUUAUUUCUGCUUGAAGGAAACUCAUCCUACAUUACAGUACCAUGACGACCCGGGCAUCAACAGAACGAAGAGACUUCUUCGUGGACUCGGGCUCAUUGGGCAAGAGUUGGGUGAAAUCGAAGUGGUGGAAGAUGAGGAGACCCUUCUUUUAGUAAAGUCAAAGUCAUCGGAGACGGUCAACGUGCUAGAAGACGGAGUUCCAACCGCGGACUAUGGUAUCAACGCCAGUACGAGUUUCCUCCGUGGCCUUGGAAUCGGUUCUGUGCAAAGUCAGUCGGAGUUUGUGGAGGACGCGGAAGACGAAAACACCAUUUUCUUGGUCAAGCUGGCCGAGUCCGGUCAACUGGCAGACCUCGAGACGGAUCUCGAACCGUUCGAGUGGAGACUGAUCCUUACACCCAAGGUUUUAAACCCUAUAUUAGCAUACUUUAUAAUGCAGUCGCAUUUCACCGCUUUCGACGAAUUCCUACCCAUUUUCGUAUCAUACCCUCCAGCGUACACCGACACGGGUGCACGGGUGUCUCAGUUCCCGCUUCACUUGAAGGGUGGUUUGGGGUACACCCCCAAGCGCGCGGGAGACUUGCUUUCUAGUUCUGGUUUUUUUGGCAUGUUCAUGGUACUUUUGGUGUUUCCCACAAUUGACCGCAAAUUCAACAGAAACACCGUUUUUCUAGUGGCCUUAGGGAUUUUCCCGUUGUUAUUUGCAAUUUUACCGUACGUGUUGUUGUUCUUGCCCCAGCAGUUGGACGGAGACUUGACCACCAAGUAUGCCGACCAAUUUCUCUACGCUUUUGUGUUUAUUAGGGUGAUGGUGGCUAGUUCGUUGAUGACGUUGGCCAUGGUUCUGAUCAACUCCAAUGCCAAGAAGGAGUAUAGAGGUAUUGUUAACGGGGCGGCGAUUUCGGCCGCGUCACUAGCUGCUUGUAUAAGUCCACUCUUCACCGGACGCUUAAUGACAGUGGGUCAAGCAUGUAACGUGGCUGGCCUUGGAUGGUGGGGGUUAGGAAUCAUCACCACGUUAGGCUUCAUCCAAGGAUGUUUUAUCCGGGUGAACUAGAGGCCAUUUUACAUAACACAAUUUUUGUAUUUACUGAUGCAAAUAGACUAAUAAAGAAUAGAAUUAUACCAAAGUCCUAAUGGUGAGCGUGUUCGGGGCUACCGACAUACUUGGCCAAAAACACCACUCCCGAGUGCCAGCAUCUGGCAGGCUCGUCGGCAGUGACCUUCAACCAAUAAGGCUUGUGUUCUUCUCCUUUUUUUCCCAUACAUCCAACAUAUCUGUAGCCCACAUAAGUAGGUACGAGGUAAGGGUCUUGCAUGGUACCAGAUCCUUCGAAAAUGGGGUUUUCCAUGUCGAACACAUCCACACCUUCCAUCUUACCCAAAAGUUCGAAUCUUUCAGCACCAGUGGAUUGGUCCCAAUCGGUUGGAAUAGUACCUGGGGUAGCACCAGGACCAAUUAAAGAGGAGUCAGGACCGGUGACAUCAGCCAAGGUUU